AUGGCACCUUACAAUGCUUUGUGUUGUCGUAAGUGUUGCACCCUACUGUGUUGGACUAAAUUCGAUGAGCGACGAGUUUUGGGUCCUGAGUUGGUUUUUGAGACUAAAGAUAAAGUUAGACCGAUUCAGGAUCGUCUUAAGGUGACUUCUAAUAGACAGAAGUCCUAUGCGGAUCUAAAAAGAAGGGAUAUCAAGUACUCUGUGGGUGACUUUGUGUUCUUUAAGUAUCGGGCUGAUCUAUCUCACAUUGUUUCUGUUAAUGAGAUCGAGGUUAGACUAGAUUUGUCUUUUGAGGAGGAGCCGAUUAAGAUUUUAUGCCGAGAUGUAAAGGUUUUGAAGAGGAAGAUCAUUCUGUUAGUUAAGAAUGAGCCUAUUGGUUCAAAUGGUAAGCAGUUGGCUUGUUGGAGGUCUUUUGUUCGAAUCCCUACAUGA